AUGGCCGAGCAAGACGAGGUUGCGAGCAAGGUCUUGCGGCGAGCCCACGUCUCAAAGGUCGCUCCUCCAAUGACCCGGACGCUGCAGAACAGACUGGCUCUGGCCAACGUCAAGAUCAAGAACGGGUGGGAGAGCCUCAGCAUCGACGCCAUCGAGCCCGUCAUCGACGUCGAGCUCAAGCGCAAGCGCCCUGGCUCCAGCAACGAGGCCAUGUCCGAUGUCUCGAGUCUCUCGGACCGCUUCUACAAGCCAGGCGUGCUCGACUCGUCGCCCCUCGCCGCCCCCGUUUUCUCCGACCAUGUUCGACGGUCGGGCACUCGCUCCGUCAGCAGUGGCAGCCAGCACAAGCGCCCUCGCUACGACAAACCGCCCACCCGAUACCCAGCAUCGAGCAACCACACCCGCAACAAGGUCGUCCGAUCCGCCACUUCGGCCUCGUCGUCGUGGAAGAACAGCUUCCGCCUGCCAGAGUCCUCGCCUGUGUACCACCGCAGGCAUGCUCGCUUUGGGCGGACACAUGUCCCUAGUCUCUCCUUUGUCUCCGAGACCUCCACCGUCGCGGACGACCCUCCAUCUCCUCUUCUGUCCGAAGAAGACGACGAAGACCUGCCCAUCACCUCGUUCCAAUUCAACAGAUCCUACUUUCGAUCCUCGCCGAUCCGUGCUCGAGCGCCACGCACACCGCCGCCAGACCUUGCCCGCUCGGCUCGUCUGCGCCAAAGAGGUUUCACUGCCGCAGGCGCCGCCCGUCAAGGGAAAAACGGCGAAGAAGAGGCGGACCUCCUGAUGUACCUGGCCACAUCACCGACACCAAUCCGCGUUGGCGACGCAAAGCAUCUGAUGCAAGCCCCUUCCACCCCGCCCUCGAGAACAACGCCCCUCCCAUCGUCCAUGAUGUCGACGCCCGGAGGCAGCGGGCAGGCAUGUGGCGGCUUUGGCAUGGCUACGACACCCAACAACCUCAAUUUCGCUGAGUUCUUGAACAUGACACCAAGCCCAGCGCAAGCGCAGUUUGGCUCGUCGUGGAACCGUACACCAGCCACAGGCAAGACGCCCGCCGCAGUGCGUGAAGCCAGACGCCGAAUCAACUUUGAGAACCUCGUGCCCCCCACUGGCGACGGCCCGCGGAUCACCACCAAGGUCGAAGGCCUAGGCAUGGAGCUCGGCGGCGAAUUGGUUUCUUGA